AUCAACGGGCGUUAGGGUUGGCUACGGUGUAGCUCAUCCUUGUCAACACAUUUGGGUGGGAACACCUACCAACUACAGCGCAGGCAAACAAUCCUUUUCCCUUGCCUCUGGGAAAAUAGGAUAGCCAGUCGGUGAUAGUGCGUGGCGCUACCUUGGCAACUGCCUGUUUCGUCUGGCGGCAUCAGAGUCAAGUUCGACAUGAUUGGUCUCCGGUCAUCUCCGCCAGUUGUUACACCUGCUCCCGCCUGCUCAAUCAUGUCUAGGGGAACGCCUUGUGGUCGAUUAUCUCGAGGAUCAUCUCCAGCGCUCGAAUCAUUUUCGCCAGCCUCUCUCUUGUUUGUGCAUUCGUCCUUCUUGUCAUCCCUCGUCGUGCGGCGAGGGGGCAACGAUCGUACAUCGUACUUUUUCCAUUGCGCAAAAAUUUACCAGAAAAUCAGGGUCACCCAUCUUGUGCUCGCCCUCUCUCGGCAUUGUGUAUCUUCCCGGCCUUAUCACGGGCACCGUGGGCCUACAACCUCUCAGGCCAAUCACACUUUUCAAUCGUAUCUGGGUGGCGGCAAAAAUUGCGGGGAGCGUCGGUUGAGGCUCCAUUUGAGGAUUCGCGUGGCGUUCUGGAAGCAAAACACACUCCCAGUAUCACUUCAACCCUCUGUCUGCGCACUAUUGACCUAUCUACGGACUACAAUACUGUACUGCCAACACGUCCGAGCGCCGUAAGAUUGUCACUUAUCUUUCGUCUCUCGUAUGCCAUGAUGAAGGCCGCAGAAAAGGAUCAAACUAUGCGCUGCUCGUGUUGCACCAAACGGGGGUAGAAUCAUCGAGCUGAAGAAAUUUUACUCGGUGUCAAUUUCGUAUUUGUGUGUUAUUUCAAAUGUUCGCUUG